UCAGCGGUGCUCUGUCCCGGUCACUCGGCAAUCAGCUGCUUUUCCCUCUUCGAAAUGACAACAGUGGCGUGCCUGUCCAACCAGAGACCUACCGGUAGCGGCAAAACAACCUUGUCAAGGAACAACAUUUUGCUUUAGCGCCAUGAUCGCAAGAAACGAGAACUUUUGACUUUGUUGUAGUAACUAAGGAAUAUUAGAGUAGCCUACUUGGGCAUGGCGAUGUGUCUGCUUAAACGUUUGCGUCGCCCAGGGCGCUAACGCAGCAGGUGUUUAUAGCGUUUAGACUGCCAUGCAAUCAGCAAUUCUUUUUAAAUUACAUAACAUUUACGAGGAAGGAAAGACUUUUUCCUGACAAUUGUAGAGGGAAACCUUUCUCUGUGAACAGGUGGGCGAAGCCGUGGUGGACCUGAGAACAAGUUGCGCUUCAAGUUGAUUAAAAAGUUAUGGAAAAUGACUAUCCUGAUUCGCCGGAGGGAUAUUGCAACGACGCACAAAUCAAAUCUGCUCAAAUUGAGGUGAUCCCCUGUAAGAUCUGUGGAGAUAAGUCCUCAGGGGUUCACUAUGGAGUCAUCACGUGUGAGGGAUGUAAGGGCUUUUUCCGGCGCAGCCAGCAGUCCAGCGUGUCGUACUCGUGCUCACGGCAGAGCAACUGCCCCAUCGACCGCGCCAGCCGCACCCGCUGCCAGAGCUGCCGCCUCAAGAAAUGUGUGGCUCAGGGCAUGAGCCGAGAUGCUGUGAAGUUCGGCCGCAUGUCCAAGCGGCAGCGGGACUCUCUGAUCGCCGAGGUGGAACGACACCGGCAGCAGCAGCAGCAGCAGCAGAGGCGGCUCCAGGUGUGCACGGCCGGUGUCCAGGCUCUGGGCCCCACGUACUGCCCAGGCAAAGAGCCCUGCGGAGGCUCCUCUCACCUGCUCCAGCCCCUGCCCUUGGCGCCCUACACCUUCCCCAUGGACCCUGAGCUGCAGCACUGUGGCCCGGAGGUGCACCCGCACCUGGUGUGUCAUCCAGGCGAGCUCCAGGCUGCGGGCCUGCACUACCGGAGCGUCCAGAGGAGGGCGGACCGUAACAGACUGGCAGACAGCAGGGUUGACUCAAGGCAGUCCUCUCCCAACCAGGGCAUUCUGCGGAUGCCUGGGACUGACCCGGACUUGCACCCCUAUGAUCCAGAGGACCCCUACUGCCACUACCCUACCUCCCUGCUGCACAUACGCAUCGAGGAGCUGUGUGACAGCAUCGUGCGUUCUCACCGAGAGACCUCUCAGUACCCUGUGGAGGAGCUGCAGGCUCUGCGGUGGAAGAUCUUCACCAGAGAGGAGGUCCAGAUAUACCACAGCAAGACGGUGGAUGAGAUGUGGCAACUGUGUGCCGAUAAACUGAGUGACGCCGUGCAGUUCGUAGUCGAGUUUGCCAAAAGGUUGCCAGGGUUUCGUCAGAUUCGUCAGGACGACCAGAUCAAUCUGCUUAAGAGUGGCUCAAUGGAGGUAGUUCUUGUCAGGAUGAGCAGGCUGUUCAACACAGAGAACAGCACUGUUUAUUUUGAUGGAAAAUUCGCUGGGACUGAAGUUUUCAAAACUCUCAUGUGUGGUGACCUGAUCAGCGCUGUGUUCGACUUCGCUCAUAGCAUGUGUGCACUGAGGCUGACGGAACAGCAGGUGGCGAUCUUCAGUGCGCUGGUGCUCAUUAACCCCGACCGCCCUGGUCUUGAGGACAGAGGCCGAGUGCAGAGGAUGAGGAAGGACAUUGAGCUGGCACUGAGUCACAUCCUCCACAGGGAGCACCAGGAGAGUCUGCUGCACAGGCUAGACGAGAAGGUGGCGAUGCUGAAGGCCCUGUGCUCUCUGCACAUCGAGAAGCUGCGCUGGUUCCAGCAGCUCUAUCCACUGACUGUGCACUCCAGUUUCCCACCCCUGUACAAAGAGCUCUUCGGAUCUGACGCAGAGAGGCCGGGAGUCUCCCCUCCCUGAAACCACAACUCAUAUGCAAUACUCAUUUACACACACACACACACACUGUACUUGCUCACACAACAUACACUUUUCACAUGGACACAUGCACUCACAUACACACGCACUGAAAUACAUGCAUUGUUCUAAUCUAUGGAUCACCUCCUAAAUAUUGAAAUCUAUAUUUUUCUAAUUGUGAUAACAAACGAAACAACGUUCAGUAGAUUCUCAUAAUGUCAGAUUCGGAAGCUAUUUUUGUGCAGAGACUAUUUUGUAGAAAACAAAGCAAGCGAGAAUGCAGGAGAACAGCAACUCAGUAUUUUUUCGUAGCCAAGAUGAAUAAAUGUGUUAUUUGUGUCGUUAUCUUCGUGGGCUUUGUGCUGGGAUAUGCAGUAUGUGUGUCUCCUUGUGAAUUAGAAUUAUCCACUGUGCUUGUGUGUUGGUGCUAAGAAGCUAUGCUGAUUGAAUGCAGGCCAUGCUCUAUGCUGUAGGCUAUGUGCUGAGUCAUUAUAGCAAAUCAGAUGCAAUUUAUUGGGAUGUGUUGGCUACACUGUGACUUUGAAGAAUUAGAAGGAGAUUAUAUUCAUGUUUUAACAACCAAAAGGAGAGAGGGGGAGAAAGGGUCCUAAUUUAAACGAUAUGCAAAAGUGUAAAAGUCUGUCAUCAAGCAACAUUCUCAUGCUUGGACUAUAUAGUCAAUGUGUUACAUGUGGGAGCAUUAAGUGAACUCAUCAACAUUCAUGCUUAAGGUACUUAGAAGGACAGGAAGUGUUGUUGCGUUCAGUUUUUUAGCUUAAGGUCCUUGCCAUGGUUAGCAAAUUGAUUUUGCCUGGUUAUUAAAAUAGCUUUAGUUAGACUUCUGGUUGACUUUGCACUUUGUCCAUCUUUCAAACUAGGGCCCAUAGAGAAUUUAAUGUGAUCCAGUUAAUUAGCUUAUCAUGUAAAGGAUAUGCAAGCUGUAUGUAAGGUAAUAUACAUUCUAAGUUGUCAAGUACAGCUCGAGUGGUACAUAGGAAGCUUGUUCAAAGCAGUUUAUCAGUGCCCUGAUGUGUCUUAGCCGAACAGACUGUCUUAUGGCAUAUUGUAAUCCCCGGCAGACGUAAGCUAUUUCAGAGAUUGUGAAGAGGAGUUGUGAUUAUAUCAGGACUGAGCAAUGCCGUAUGCAGCCAUUUAGCCGCUAACUCAUUUCUUUCUUUAAAAUCGGAUUUCUUUUAUCUUUCUGUCCUGCCAACCACCUUUGUUGGCCCCUGGUGUCUGUAUUUCUAGCCCUAACAUGACUUCUUGUGGAUACAAUGGAUGAGAGAAUCAAUAAACUGUUUCAAUGAUA